AAACUUCUUAACCAAAACACAUACUUACAUACUCUACUAAUUCGUAUUUUUUUUUUCUCGACCGGUCGAAAAAAAGGAGCGAAAAACGGGAAAUGGAGAGCGGUAAUUUUAGCUGGGAAUACGAAACGCUGAUUAACGAGUUGACUCAGGGUAUGGAGAAAGCAAAGCUACUCCAAUUCCAUUUGUGCUCAACCACUUCUCCCUCCAGAACUCAGCACUUGCUUCUCCAGAGGAUUUUAUCUUCUUACGAAAAGUCUCUGUCCAUUCUCAACUGGCGGGGAGGACAACUAGCGGCACCACCACCGCCUACUUCCGGCGGUGCGCCGGAGUCUUCGAUAUCGGUCGACGGAAGCCCCACGAGCGAGGAUUUGAACAAGAAUUUCGGCGAUCGCAAUAAAGACUAUACUACAUCGAAGAAGAGAAAGAUUCAGCCAACAUGGACAGAACAAGUGAGAGUUAACCCCGAAAACGGGCUCGAGGGGCCCACCGAUGACGGUUACAGCUGGCGAAAGUACGGUCAAAAAGACAUUUUGGGAGCUAAACAUCCUAGGAGCUACUACAGAUGCACUUACCGAUUGGCUCAAAAUUGUUUUGCAACGAAGCAAGUGCAGAGAUCGGACGAGGACCCCACGAUAUUCGAGGUCACGUACAAAGGGGCCCACACGUGCAACCAGUCUUCUCCGGCGGCUAACCCCGCCGCUCCACCGCCGCCAGCAUCGCCUGAAAAUCAAGAAUUGAACAAACACAACCCACAUAAUAAUAAUAAUCAGACACUCAUUAAUUUGAAAGCAAACCUCAGAGUGACCACCGAAAACACGCCGCCCCAAUUCUCUUUCCAGUCGGAAAAUUACUACUUACCAAUCUCCGGUUUCGCGGGCGAAAAUCACUUGUGCCAAUAUUCGCCACAGUUUCUAUCUCCAUCCGCAUCGGAGACGAACUACUUCUCCCCUGCAAAUUACGGUUCGACAAAUUUCGGAGGGAAUGAUAUCGCUGACAUCAUCUCGGUUCAUGCAUCCACGACGAAUUCUCCGAUUGGAGGGAUGGAAUUCCCGUUUGAUCCAGUGGAUCUUGAUCCGAUUUUCCCGUUUAACAACGCCUCUGGUUUUUUCACGUAAAUGGGUUUUUUCGAAAGUCGACAAUAAGACGAAUAGAUUUCUCUAGCUGCUUUAGAUAUUAGGGAGAUGUGUUUCGUUGCAAAAUUUUCUUUUCACAUAUGUAAAAUAGUGUGAAAUAUUUAAGGCAAUAA